AUGGCGGGAGGCAGCCCCGGUGCGGGAGCCGGGACGUCGCUCCGUGGGCGCCUUGCAGUCGGCCUGCCGCGUCGCCACCCCGGCUGGGGACUACGUUUCCCGGCGGGCGUCGCGCAGCCCCGGCUAGGGACUACGUUUCCCGGCGGGCGUCGCGCACAGGGCCCGCCCGCUUCCGGCGGCGAGGGCUGUGGGGCGGGAGCCGGGGGCGGGGCGGGCGGGGCGCGGCCCCGCGGGUGGCGGGCUUGCGGGAGCGCGGGCGGGCGCCCGGCUCUGGGCGCGGCCGCGGCCAUUGCGGGCGGGAGGCCAUGUGAGAGGCCUCGAGCUAAGCCCAGACCGGGUCGCGGCCCAGCGGCGGGGGCUCCGGCAGCGUUGGGGGGCUCCGCCCGCGGAAGGCCGCGCUCCAGGAGCGGGCUCGCGGCCGGGGAGCUGCGUGGAGCCCUGACCGCGGGGCCUGCGCUCGCAGCCCUGCCUUCCAGGGACCCUGCCCCCCUCCGGGACGGAGGGCGCAGGCAGGAGGCCAUGGGGACCCGAGGGAAAGCCAUGUCCCAGAGCUUGGUGGAAUUUGGAGAUGUGGCCAUAGAUUUCUCCCAAGAGGAGUGGGAGUGGCUGAACCCUGCUCAGAGGACGCUGUACCGGAAGGUGAUGUUGGAGAACUACAGGAACCUGGCAUCUCUGGGACUUUGUGGUUCUAAGCCUGCUGUGAUCUCAUCUUUGGAACAAGGAAAAGAGCCCUGGGCAGUGAAGAGAAAGGUGGCAAGAGGCUGGAGCCCAGACUUGAAGACUGUGAAGGAAAGUAAGAAGUUUCCUCCAAAGAGGGACUUUUGUGAAGAAAGGUUACCCCAGGCAGCGAGGACAGCGAGACUCGGAAACUGCAGUCUGGAAUACUCUAUGUUGGGGGACUAUGAUGAUCUAUUUGAGACACGACCAGGCUUUGGGAGUGUCACGGAUAUGGCCCUAGACUCCUCCCAGCUGGACCCAGCGCAGAGGAGCCUCUGGAAGAGUGCAGUGUGGGAGAACCACAGUGACCUGGGGUCUCCAGAACAUUGUGCUUCCAAGCCCGAUUUUGUCUCGUUACUGGAGGAAGGGAAGGAGCCCUGGAUGGGGAGGAGAGAUGUGAGAGGAGGCCUGUUCUCACGUGAGUGUGCGAGAGCCUGGUGUGGAAAAGCCAGUGCAGGCCAACAAUCUGUAAAGGAGACUCAGGAAUUAUUUCCAAAGCAGGACUCAUGUGCUGAAAGGAUAACGGACAGAACUUCACACACUAAACUUGAAUGUUCCAAUUUCAGAGAACAUUGGGAUUCUGAGUGUGUGUUUGGAAAGAUGUUAGUAAGUCAAGAGACACAGUUCAGGCAAGAGACCAUUACUCCUAACAAAACCCACUCUAAGGAGAGUGUGUAUAACAAAUCUGGAAAGUGUUUCCACUUAGACAAUUCAGAAGAGAGACUUCGCAAUCCCGACUCAAUUAAAAUUUUCCCAAAAAGUUCAGCAGUAAUAAAACAAACAGGAAUCUAUGCAGGAAAGAAGCUUUUCAAAUGUAAUGAAUGUAAGAAAACUUUUACCCAGAGCUCGUCCCUUACUGUUCACCAGAGAAUUCAUACUGGAGAGAAACCCUAUAAAUGUAAUGACUGUGGAAAGGCCUUUAGUGAUGGUUCCUCCUUCGCACGCCAUCAGAGAUGUCACACUGGCAAGAAGCCCUAUGAAUGCAUUGAGUGUGGGAAGGCUUUUAUACAGAACACGUCGCUUAUCCGUCACUGGAGAUACUAUCACACUGGGGAGAAACCUUUUGACUGCAUUGAUUGUGGGAAAGCCUUCAGUGAUCAUAUAGGGCUUAAUCAACACAGGAGAAUUCAUACUGGAGAGAAACCUUACACAUGUGAUGUUUGUCACAAGUCCUUUAGGUAUGGCUCAUCCCUUACUGUACAUCAGAGGAUUCACACCGGGGAGAAACCGUAUGAAUGUGAUGUUUGCAGGAAAGCCUUCAGCCAUCAUGCGUCUCUCACUCAACAUCAAAGAGUACAUUCUGGAGAAAAGCCUUUUAAGUGUAAAGAGUGUGGGAAGGCUUUUAGGCAGAAUAUACACCUUGCUAGUCAUUUAAGGAUUCAUACCGGGGAGAAACCUUUCGAAUGUGGGGAGUGUGGGAAGUCCUUCAGCAUCAGUUCACAGCUUGCCACUCAUCAGAGGAUUCAUACUGGAGAGAAGCCCUAUGAAUGUAAGGUUUGUAGUAAAGCAUUUACACAGAAGGCUCACCUUGCACAGCAUCAGAAAACUCAUACAGGAGAGAAACCCUAUGAAUGUAAGGAGUGUGGUAAAGCCUUCAGCCAGACCACACACCUCAUUCAACAUCAGAGAGUACAUACUGGAGAGAAACCGUAUAAAUGCAUGGAAUGUGGGAAGGCCUUUGGUGAUAACUCAUCAUGUACUCAACAUCAAAGACUCCACACCGGCCAAAGACCUUAUGAAUGUAUUGAAUGUGGAAAGGCCUUCAAGACAAAGUCAUCCCUUAUUUGUCACCGCAGGAGUCAUACUGGAGAGAAGCCGUAUGAAUGUAGUGCAUGUGGCAAGGCCUUCAGCCAUCGCCAGUCCCUUAGUGUGCAUCAGAGAAUCCAUUCUGGAAAGAAACCGUAUGAAUGUAAGGAAUGUAGGAAAACCUUCAUCCAGAUUGGACACCUCAAUCAGCAUAAGAGAGUUCAUACUGGAGAGCGACCCUACAACUAUAAGAAAAGUAGAAGAGCCUUCAGGCAAACCGUGCACUUUGCUCACCAUCAGCGAAUGCACACUGCAGAGCCCUCGACACGCCCUUCUUUACCUUCCACAUCAAGUUCUGUGGAUCUGUUUCCCAAAUUUCUCUGGAAUCCAUCCUCACUUCCAUCGGCAUAGUCUGAAGACCACAUCAUUUCAGACAGACUACUCCAAUAGUUUGGAAACUGAUCUCCCUGCUCUUUUGUUUUAUUCUACUUUUGUCCCUUAUAUUGCAGGCAGACUGACUUUUUAGAUGUAAUCGUAUUUAAUUCACUCAUAAAAAACUGUGUUGAAAUCUUUUAAAUUGCUUAGUGUGUAAGAUUUGCUUAACAUGGUUACUGGGCCAUAUUAAGUGUUCAGUAAGUUUAGCUCUUAAAAAAACUAUUGUUUAGAGCAUUGAAAAGUUAGCAUAGUCAGCUCUGAUUUUUAAAAAACUGACGUAAUAGGGUGAGGCAAGGAGAAACCAGAUUUGAGAUCAAGAACUGGAGUUUUUGAGGUAGUUGUUAAGGUUUUGCCAUGUUGUUUUGAGAUUUGAUAACACAGCACUGAGUUGAUGUUGGCCCUUUCCAUUGGGUCUUCAUGAAUAUAAACUGAUGUGAACUUGGUGGUGAGAAAAUUUAGCUUUACUAUAUACAUUUGAUGGCAGUCUUAGAAACUCUAGUGAACACAAAUGAGUAGGCCAUUAGGACAAAUGAAUUAAAACAACCAGAAAUAUGUAAGGUUUACAACUACUGACAUGCUACUGAAGAAGUAGAAAGGUUGUCAAGAUUUGAUCUCUUUGAAGUCACUUGGCUUAUGAAUAAAUUAUAUUAAACUUUUGAGGAAUCAUUAACUUUGAGGUACACUGAUUUAGGUUAACAAACUGACUUAUGACCAAAGUCUCACCAGCUGUUCUUGUAUAGUUCAUGGGUAAUUUUUUAAAAAAUUUUUCAAAAGGUUGUAAAAAUGAAUAUUUUCAACAUAAUUAUAUGAAGUUUAAUUCUGUGUAUUUAAAUAAAAUUUUAUUGACAUAGAGCUACACAUUUCAUUUACAUAUCAUCUACAUCUUGCUUUCAGGCCAAAAUGACAAAGUUGAGCUGUUCUGACAGAGACCAUGUGGCCCAGAAGCCAAAAAUGUCUACUGUCUCUGAUCCUUUUCAGUAAGAUGCUGCCACUCCCUGUUGUAGACCACAGGUCAACAGACUAAAGAUACAGGGCCAAAUUCUGUCUACUACCUGGUUUUGUAAAUGGAGCUUUCCUGAGCUAAAGCCAUGAUCAUUUGUUUACCUAUUGUCUGUGACUGUUUAGACCACUGUGACAAAGUUGAGUAGUUGCAACAGAGACUGUGUGGCCUGUAAUAUUUACUAUUCGUUCAUAGAAUAUUUACCAACUUCUGCUCUGGAGUAGAGGAGAAUAUACAAAUAGUUCUAGUUUUAUGGUAAUAAUAAGUCUCUGACAUUAAAAAAGACAAACUAAAAUAAUUUAUAAAUAGAGAUUAAAGAAGACUAUUAAGCUAUAUUGAAAGAUACAAAAUAUGCCCAAAAAGGGAAGUGAUAUUUUUCUAGAAGAAAUGCUCAAUACUAUUAAUGUUUGUACAUUGUUAUUCCAGAGUCCCAGUAGAAUAUGUUUACUUUGAUGGUUUUAUUUGAAACAACGUAAUUAGACAAGAAUAGCAGGGAAACUUUUGAACGUUUUCUUUGCAUAUGAGAUUUGGUAUUACAGUAUUGACAUUUUAGUGUUGGGGAGACAGUGGAGUUAUCUACCUCCCUUCACUAAAAAAAAAAAAAAAAGAAAA